AUGGAGAGGUCAUGCAGAUCUGGACCGGCGCCUUGCAGAGUUGCAGAGAGAGGGGACGGAGUACCAGAUGAGGCCACGGCCGACGGCGUGGAGAGCAGCGCGACAAGCCGCAGCACCGUAUCUUCGCAAGCCACUCUAUGGCGCGGCGACUCAAUCGCCGUGGAGGACGCCUCCGGCGACGUCCUCGUGUCCCCCGGCGGCAACUUCUCGUGCGGCUUCUACAAGGUGGCCACCAACGCCUACACCUUCGCCAUAUGGUUCGCCCGCUCCGCCGACGCCACCGUGGCGUGGACGGCCAACCGCGACGCCCCCAUCAACGGCAGGGGCUCGCGCGCCGGGUUCCGCAAGGACGGCUCGCUGGUGCUGCAGGACUUCGACGGCCGCGUGGUGUGGAGGACGAACACCAGCGGCGCGCAGGCCGACCGCGUGCAGCUCCUCGACACCGGCAACCUCGUCGUGGCCGACGCCGCCGGGAGCACGCUGUGGCAGAGCUUCGACUGGCCGACGGACACGCUCCUCCCGGAGCAGCCCAUCACCCGGUACAAGCGGCUGGUGUCGGCGUCGGCGAGGGGCUUGCCGUACUCCGGCUACUACAACUUCUACUUUGACAGCAACAACAUCCUCAAGCUCAUCUACGACGGCCCGGAGAUCAGCAGCAACUACUGGCCGGACCCCUUCAAGCAGUGGUGGGAGAACAACCGGACGGCCUACAACAGCAGCCGGUACGGCAGCCUCGACAGGUACGGCGCCUUCAGGGCGAGCGACCACACGCAGUUCAACGCCUCCGACAUGGGCGAGGGCGUCACGAGGCGGCUGACGCUGGACUACGACGGCAACCUCCGGCUGUACAGCCUCGACGGCGGCGACGGGAGCUGGCACGUCACGUGGGCCGCGCUCCCACGGCCGUGCGACGUGCACGGGGUCUGCGGCCGCUACGGCGUGUGCGCGUACCUGCCGGCGCUGGCGUGCUCGUGCCCGGAGGGGUUCGUCGCCAGCGACGCCGGCGACUGGAGCAAGGGGUGCCGGCGCGAGUUCGACCUCCGGUGCGGCGAGCCCGUCUACUUCGCGGAGAUGCCGAGCUUUGACUUCUGGGGGUUCGACUUCAACUACACCCAGGGGCUCACGAUGGAGACUUGCCGGCAGAUGUGCCUGGACGACUGCAACUGCGAGGCAUUCGGCUACAAGAUGGGCACCGGCGAGUGCUACCCCAAGAUCUCGCUCUGGAACGGCCUGGCUCCGAACAUCAUCAAGCAAAACAUCUUCCUCAAGGUCCCGACGCGUAUCAAGAACCUGAGCCCGGCCGUGCUGGACUUCCAUGGCCAUGCCUGCACCGUGCACGAACAGAACGCCAGCGUCAGCGCCUCCUACUUCCAUGUCAGGGGGAACAAGAUAAACUUCAUCUACUUCUACUCGUUUCUCGCGGUGGCGUUCGUCGUGGAGGCCAUUUUCAUCGUCGUUGGGUACCUGUUCGUCUUCCGCGCCGACCCGGCCGCAGGACGGGUCCGCGAUGAAGAAGGGUACGCGCUGCUGUUCAGCCAGUUCAGGAGGUUCACCUACGACGAGCUCUCAGACGUGACCGGCAAGUUCGCGGACAAGCUGGGAAGGGGCGCGUCAGGGACCGUGUACAAGGGCGUGCUGGACGACGGCCGGAGCAUCGCCGUGAAGCAACUGGACGACCUGACGCAGGCCGACGAGGUGUUCCGGUCGGAGAUGAGCGUGAUCGGCCGGAUCAACCACAUGAACCUGGUCAGGAUGUGGGGGUACUGCUCCGAGCACUCGCACCGGAUCCUGGUCUCCGAGUUCGUGGAGAACGGCUCGCUCGACAAGGCCCUCUUCGGCGACGGCGAUGGGAGCGCGUUGCUGGGAUGGCACUCGAGGUACAAGAUCGCCGUCGGCGUGGCCAAGGGCCUGGCCUACCUCCACCACGAGUGCCUGGAGUGGAUCGUGCACUGCGACGUGAAGCCGGAGAACAUCCUGCUGGACGGCGAGCUUGACCCAAAGAUCACGGACUUCGGGCUGGUGAAGCUGCUCAGCCGGGACGCGUGCGGCCGGCUGGUGCUGUCCAGGGCGCAGGGCACCAGGGGGUACAUCGCGCCGGAGUGGGCGAUGAGCCUCCCGAUCACGGGGAAGGCCGACGUGUACAGCUUCGGCGUCGUGCUCCUGGAGCUGAUCAGGGGGCAGAGGGUCUGCGACUGGGUGGUGGACAUCAGGGAAGAGGAGGACGAUGCGCGCGUGGAUUUCCAGCGGCUGGUCGCCUGGCUCAGGGAGAAGAUGAAGCGUGACGGCGAGAGUUCGUCGUGGAUGGAAGAGAAGUUCGUCGAUCCUCGGUUGCGCGGCGAUUUCAGCCACUUGCAGGCGGCGGCGAUGCUGGAGCUGGCGGUGUCGUGCGUGGAUGAUGAUCCCAAUAGGAGGCCGAGCAUGAACGCUGUUCUACAGGAGCUCCUCUCGCUGGAAGAUGACGCGCCUGUGCGCUAUGCGUGA